AUGGACCUGGACGUUACUAUUCAGACGUCGGUCACGGUCACCGCGCAUGCUGGUGGCAGUCGGAUUUCGAAGUGGAGUCCAAAAGUGGUGAUGGCGAGAGGCGGGACACACGCGUGCGUGGUGGUUAACCCGCGCGAUCGCCCUUUGACCCGCACGGUCGCUCGCCUGGGGGGCCUGUGCUUGGACGGCGUGAAUCUCAAGAAGGCCUCCCUCAGCGACGCUGCAGGGCACAUGAUGCUCAAGGAGUUGCGCCAACAUGCAAGGCCGAAGCUGCUCGUGAAGCAGACUCAUCAGGCCGCGGCGAGCUCAAAGCUCCUUGCAGACGAAAGGGUCGACAAGUACACCACGCCUGUGAAGACUUCACGGGCGCAGAGACCGUCGAGAAGUUCAGUUGCCGACAUUUGCAGUCGCCGCGAGAUCUGCAGCGUCAGCUUGACGGACGACGUCUGCGUCGAGAUGCUGCAGAGUCCGAGCCAAGCGGACGACGUCGUCGUGAAGGCCACCAGUGAGAACAUCAUGGCGGUGGCGCGCUUCAUUGCACAGCACCUCGCCGCCGAGGACCGCGGCAAGAAGCUCGCCGUGGAGGUGGGGGCGCCGAGCGAGGCUGAGCCCGUGGACUUGAGCGGCCUCUCAGAUGCCGAGGCGCCCGCGGACGCGCCGCAUGACUGA